AUGUCCCAGCAAUAUUACAGGGUCCCAGGGAAAGCGGUUUCCAGUUCACUGUUUAGCGUCGCAUCGGAGGUACUAUAUGCAAAAUUCAAGAAAUUUAGGAGGAAAGAUGAACAGUGUCGGGCCUUUGUGAAGAAAGUUAUAAAGAGUCCUGUGUUUAAGAUCAUUAUGAUUAGCGCUAUUUCAUUGAAUGCUUUUUUUAUGGUCCUGUGGACCAAUUAUAAAAUAACAUAUCACUUGUACACAGUUUUUGAGAUCUCAGAGGUCCUUUUUGUCGCUAUCUAUGCCUCCGAGUUCCUCAUGAAGGUCUACGUGGACCCCACUGAGUACUGGAAGAAUGGCUAUAAUGUGCUGGAUGUGGUCAUCAUCAUCAUUAUUGUGAUCCCCUAUGUCCUCCGAAAGGUCAAGGGCAAGCACUACAGAAGCCUCAACAUCGCUGAUGGCAUACAGUCUCUGAGGAUCCUUAAGCUUGUCUCUUAUAGCCGAGGCAUCAGGACGCUCAUCACGGCCGUAGGACAGACAGUCUACACGGUGGUCUCUGUGCUGACCCUCCUCUUUCUGCUCAUGUUCAUCUUUGCCAUUUUGGGAUUCUGCCUAUUUGGAACGACCGAUAAGGCUGACCUGAAUAACUGGGGGAACCUGGCUGCGGCUUUCUUCACCCUCUUUAGUUUGGCCACGGUUGACGGCUGGACAGACCUGCAGAAAGAAUUGGACCAGCGGAAUUUUGCUGUGAGCCGGGCUUUCACCAUCAUCUUCGUCUUGCUCGCCUCCUUCAUCUUCCUCAACAUGUUUGUGGGCGUGAUGAUCAUGCACACGGAGGACUCCAUCAAAAAAUUUGAACGAGAGCUGAUGGCGGAGAGGCACCUGACGCUUAUGGAGGAGAAGCAGGUGAUUCUGAAGCGGCAGCAGGAGGAAGUCAACAGGCUCUUGGCCACACAGAAAAAUGUUAAAAAGAGUUUCACUGAGCUGGUGGAGGACUUCAAGAAAACCCUUCUGCACACGGACCCGAUGGUCUUGGAUGAGUUUGGCACUAGCCUUCCUUUCAUUGAUGUCUACUUUUCCACUCUGGACAACCAGGAUGCUACUAUCAACAAGCUUCAAGAGCUGUACUACGAGAUUGUGAAUGUACUGAGCCUGAUGCUUGAAGACUUGCCCCCGAAGAGGAGCCAAAGCUCAGAAUUUGAUGAGACAUAG